AUCACUCCCUGCGUGUCUCUGCAUUUAGCUGUUUCUGUUUGCUCACUACUGUCAUAUGAAUUGACGAAUAGCAGGAAAACCUAUUGAAAGAGUGUGUGUGUGUGUUCAUGUGUUGAUUUCGUUUACUUUGUACAUUGUGUGAUUGCUGUUUCUAAUUAUUAGUAUUAUAACUCUGUACCAACCAUCAUGUCUUCAGUAUGUUGUGGAACAAAGAAGCAGAAAUUGAACAAUUCGUACAGCAACCACGUUGAACGACCUAUAAAUGGUUACCUAGAAUCAGUUGCAAUUCCUGAUAUGUGUUACUUUUGUUUCGACGUCUUGUACUGUCAGCUGCAUAGUAUGGACCCGCCACAAACGCCAAAUUUUACUAACGAAGCAUAUCCCCUUUUUGUUACUUGGAAGAUUGGUAAGGAGCAUCGUCUCCGUGGAUGUAUUGGGACCUUUAAUGCAAUGCAUUUGCACUCAGGUCUUCGGGAGUAUGCAAUCACUAGUGCUUUAAAGGAUUCUCGUUUUACACCUAUAACCCGCGAGGAGGUUCCUCGUCUCACGGUGUCCGUGUCUAUUCUUCAACACUUCGAAGAGGCUGAACAUUACUUAGAUUGGAAGUUGGGCAAACACGGCAUCCGCAUCGAAUUCAUUAGCGAGCGGGGCUCGAAGCGCACUGCAACCUACUUACCUCAAGUCGCCACUGAACAAGGUUGGGACCAAAUACAAACAAUCGACUCCCUCCUCCGAAAGGGGGGAUACAAGGCAGCCAUAACGGCUGACAUGAGAAGGAGUAUCAAACUGACCAGAUAUCAGUCCGAGGAGGUAUCAGCCUCCUACAACGAGUACGUCAACCAGCGCUGCUAGCAAAUGGCGAACCCGUCCGUCCACGGGCAUCCCAGACUCGCAUAUACAAAUAAGCAAUUAUAUCGGACUAAUGCGAGUGACAUAUAUUGUGUUAAUAGCGUAGUUUCUAAGUAUACGUCUGCAUCAGCGUCUAGUGUUCCGUAUGCCACGUGGCGGUGUAACGCCCACAGAAGUACAAUGGGUCAGAAUUAUGCUCAAAGUGAUUCCUGCCCAGACAAGAGUUCGUGUUACAUCGAUAUGCUUUAAUAUUAAGAUAUAUCACUGCCAACGACAUUCCCGAGGAGAUCCAAGGUGCCAUCUUUGAAAUGAUGAUAAUUGAGGGUACUUUGACAUUUUGUUGCGAGGUUUUGCUUGUAAAGUGCUAUUGCAUUUGUUGAAUGAUAUACAGUUUGAUUUACGGUAAUUGUAUUAUGAAGGUUAACGCGUUAAGUAAUUACAGUAAGUACAAUACUAAGAAGUUAGGUGAGAUUAGUGUGUUAACCACAGUUUAAAAAGAAAAAAUAUGAAUGUUUUGACGGGCUCAUUAAUAUGUCUCCAGUACAGUCAUUUACUCAAAAUAAGAUGCAUCUACAGUUUUUUCAUUUGUCAUGAAAAAGCUUAAGAUAGUUACAUAAUUAGUACCUGGUAACAAUUUUUAAAAUAGUUAUUAUUUUUUAUCCUAAUUUACAUUUUUUUAAAUUAUCUUUGUCCCAAAUUAUUCCUAUAGUACUGUCAAUCUACUCAAUGAUAAAUCCCAAUAAGUCUCCAUCGUGUUUGGUGGCUCUUAUAUAGUUAAUGGGCCAGAGAUUAGGUCCUCAUGGAACAUGACCAGUCUCGGGCCUGUCUUACAUAUUUAUUUCAACUUCACAUACACUUCCUAACCCAUAAUAAAACCGCCAUAAUAUUUUUAUAGACAAGUCUUAUCAUUAAUAGGUUACACCAAGUAUUUAGCAUCGGGCAAAUAUCAAUGGGUACAUCAAUCUCUCCAACUCCUGCUAACAACAAAAUAAAUGUGAUUACUACAUUUUUAUUAAAUCAAUAUCGGACAACGAGCAAGCAUCACAAAUAUGAUCUUUAUUAUUUGUAGCUUGCUAUAUACGUUAUAUAAAUAAAUAGCCAGAUCGAGAUCUGCAGGUAACUCCGACUGCACUAAAUUGUUAAAUAAGAAUACAUGUCCAUGCACUGAACUCCUAUAAGGCUAAAAUACUCUAUCACAAUGAUCUGGUCCAAACCAUUCCUUUCUAAAAAUAUCCACAUAAAGUUAAUUUACUUUCUAGAUCUCACAACCCUAUAAGCACGUAAUGAUUAGCAAAAUAAACCCCAUAUUAGGUUAAGAGUGUAAAGUUAUAGAUAAAGCAAAACCUCGCAGAAGUACAAAAUGUCGUUAUUCUAUAAUGACGUUAUUUCGCUUUGUAAACGUACGUCUAUCGUAAUACUUCGAUACUCGAAUAAAUAUUUAACACAUGUGUGGAUAUUUUUAGUCAUUCUAGAUGAGUACGUGAAUUUAGACUAUAGUUGUUCUAUGCAAAGUUUAAAGUUGUUUGUGGCUCACAGUGGAAGUGUUUGUAGUGUAUAUAGUAACGUUUAGCCGUUACAAUAUACACUGAACGUUUCAACGAACUCGUUUGAUAAUUAAUAUUAAAAGUGUGAAAAUGCACGUUGUCAUAAUAAAACUCGCUAGAUUUUAGAUUUCUUAUUAUUUGAGUAUCUAUUUAAUUACAUCUGGUGUUCACUUAGAUCAUAAUUUUGACUCAACUUAUUGUUACGUAAUGUCUCUUAACACUGGCAAUAUUAUCAGUGGAAAUAUAAACGCCGAAUUAUUAUUAAAUAAUAAGAACUGAAUGGUGUUUAUUGUUCACAAUAUGCCUGGAGGUUAUAAUUUUUAAAAAUGUAUGCUAUUGGAUGAUAAUGUAGUUCUAACAUUUGUGAAUAGGUUUAACUAAUGUGAAGUUGUUAAGUUUAAUUCUUUUAAAGUUCAGCUGCUGAGAGAAUGUGCAUCAGACAGGUUUGUAAUCGACUGAACGAUGUAACGUUGAAGUUGCGAGAAUUUAUGAUAAAAAUAUUAUUGUCGUUUAUUAUGGCGUACUGACGAAAAAUGUGAUUAUGUCAAAUUAAAAUGAAUGCUAUAAUUUGCGUCAAUCAAUAUAUAUUUUUAAUUGACGCUGUUACAAUGUUAUGUGAAUUGUUUUUUUUGUAGUGUAUCGCUAGUCAUGACUACCUGACAGAUGUCAGAAACAGAUUCUCUCAGUGGCAAGAAUUUAAGGAUCGUAUUCACUAAAAUAUGACUGAUAAUACACUUAGAUAGUCAUAGCUAUCGUGUAAAGGUCUGUCAUUUUUUUUUCUAGUUAUCAAAUUGUACACGUCAUAUUUUCAGAAUGGAAUUAAAAGCAGACUUUGAUUUCUAUCAAUUUCGGUUGUUCUUGUCUUAAAAUUUAACAGGAAGGAAAGCAUUAAUACUCUUAUUAUAUUUUAUAUAUCUAGUGAAUACGAAACUUAUAAUAUCUUACUGAUCUAUAAAAUUGAUUCUGAUUUAUUUGGUCUGGGGUGGCCUUUUCAUAUAAACUUGAUAAUUUUUAAAAUAACUUGAAAAAAUUUACAUAAUGAUAAGGUAAACGUUUAAGAUCAUUAUAGAGUAAAUUAAGAAAUUAUAGUUUUAAUGAUAGAUCUUAGUGGUCGUAAAUUGGUAUUUAAUUUUUAUAUUUAAUGAUUUGGGUAGAUGUAAAAUUCAAAAGAUUAAUUAUUGCCACUAUAUUUUGCUCAGGAAUCUAUGCUCUAACAGUAAACGGCCACGAAAGGCCAAUUGGUUACUUUUUCAAAUUAAAUUCAUCAGAAAUCGCCAACUUUGUGUAUUUCAGUGGAAACUUACCCUAAACAAGUAACGGACAGACAAGGCUACUGAUUUUCAAUAUUUGCCAUAUUGAACAUCGGUUACUAUAUAUAGGAACGUAUUUAUUACCUACAUCAACUUACUGAAAACAGAUAUUGUAUGGUGUAAUUACAGAAUAAAAAUUACGGUUUACGUGAAAAGUCACCUUGAUAAUAAAGCUGUUUAAUAAAAGGUCACGGUAAUUUCGUUAGCUAUUAGUUAGUGAUAUAGCAUGAAUAUACUUUUUUACAUUUUACAAUUUUACCAUGGCAGAUCAUUGCGCACUGACAUCCAAUAUUUAAUCUGUGUACUUAGAUGGAGUUAAGUCAGACCUUUCAGGUGACGUUCUGAAUUUAUAUUAAGAUAAAAAGUUAAGAUUUGUUAUAACUUUAAAUAUCGAAUGUCAAAGCGAAAAUUAUAAAAAUAUUACAAAAUAGAAAACUAAAAUAAAAAAAAUUAUAUGAUUAAAUAAGUUUUAUUUGUUGUAGAUCGUAAGUGGCCGUCUUACUUUGUCGAUAUUUUUAAUACAAAUUGUUAUUAUUAUAUCGAUGCUUAUUUUGUUGAAGAUCAAAACUUGUCUCUGAUUUGAUAAUAAAACAUCUGCCAAAAGAAAAAAA